CGCGCGCAUGAGAGACCCAUUGAUUGACUCUUGGUAAUGGAUUAUCGGCGCAUGUGAGGAGCAAGCAUGAAGUUUGCAGCCGCGGUGCUGUGGUCGUUCUUGGCUCUGAGCGAUGCUACAAUUCAAGCUCCGAGCGAGUUUGUCUCUCUGGCGGAGAUGGAGGAUGCCUUGUUGAGGAACCUCUUCAGGGGCUACCAGAAAUGGGUGCGCCCUGUCCAGCACGCCAAUGAUACCAUCACCGUUCGCUUUGGGCUCAAAAUAUCACAGCUAGUCGACGUGGAUGAGAAGAACCAGUUGAUGACCACUAAUGUCUGGCUUUGGCAGGAGUGGGUUGAUGUGAAGCUGAUGUGGAACCCUGAUGACUAUGGAGGAAUCAACUCCAUUAGAGUGCCUUCAGAGACUAUUUGGCUGCCUGACAUAGUACUCUAUGAGAAUGCGGACGGACGGUUUGAAGGCUCGCUGAUGACGAAGGCCAUUGUGCGUUCAGAUGGCACCAUCACAUGGACUCCUCCUGCUAGCUAUAAGUCCUCCUGCACCAUGGACGUCACCUUCUUCCCAUUUGACCGACAGAACUGCUCCAUGAAGUUUGGUUCCUGGACGUAUGAUGGCAAUAUGGUGGACCUGGUCCUGGUGGAUCACUAUGUGGACCGCAAGGACUUUUUUGAUAAUGGCGAGUGGGAGAUCCUCAAUGCUACAGGGGUGAAGGGGAGCAGGAGGGAUGGGAUCUACUGGUAUCCGUUUGUCACAUACUCCUUCAUCCUCAAAAGGUUGCCCUUGUUCUACACCCUCUUCCUCAUCAUCCCAUGCCUGGGUCUGUCCUUUCUCACUGUGCUGGUCUUCUACCUGCCAUCAGAUGAAGGGGAGAAGCUGUCGCUGUCCACCUCUGUGUUGGUGUCGCUCACCGUGUUCCUCCUGGUUAUAGAGGAGAUUAUUCCCUCUUCCUCCAAGGUAAUUCCACUGAUCGGGGAGUACCUGCUGUUCAUCAUGAUAUUUGUCACCUUUUCUAUCAUCGUGACUGUCUUUGUCAUUAAUGUCCACCACCGCUCCUCGGCUACCUACCACCCCAUGGCUCCUUGGGUGAAGAGCCUGUUCCUCCAAAAACUGCCCAGACUGCUGUGUAUGAGGGGACAUACUGAUAGGUACCACUACCCCGACAUCGAGCUGCGCAGCCCAGAGCUGAAGGCCCGUGCAGGUCUAGGGAGGAAGGGAAAGCAGAAAGGACCCAUUGGCGGAAAGGAGGACGAAAAUCACGCCUGGCUGGCUAUGCUGGAGAAAGCAACCACCUCCGUGCGCUACAUCAGCCGUCACAUCAAGAAGGAACAUUUCAUUCGAGAGGUGGUUCAAGACUGGAAGUUUGUGGCUCAGGUUUUGGACAGAAUCUUCCUGUGGGCUUUCCUCACUGUAUCAAUAUUGGGAACUAUCCUCAUUUUCACCCCCGCCCUGCACAUGUACCUCAGCACACCCAACUGA